AUUUCUAUUCACUGUCUUAGAACAAUGCCCGGAAUACAACAAGCAAUCAAUAAACGUUUGUUGAGUGGCUUAACGUCCCUAAACGUCCCACUCUGAGACUUAUCUACUGUUAUGCUACCCAUUAGACAAGAGAAGAAACGGAGGCACGCAGAGAUGACUUCACUGAAAACUCGGGAGGCCGGCACCAUCGCGACCCCAGCUUCCCCAGGCGUAAACCGCCCGAGCUCUCCCGUCGAGGCAGGGGCGGGGCCGGAGCUCAAUCCCGGGCUGCAGAGGCGACCUGCGCGCGCUCCCCAGGGCCUCGAACCAGCCUCCCCGCCACGGUUCGCGCCUAUUUCCCCUGGGCCCGGCGCUCACCCCGAGGCCGGGGUCGGGGCCGCGCGCCCACAGCUCCGCGACCAUUUCCAUGUGCAGAAACUCAAACAGGACCGCGUCCGCCAUUACCGUCGAGAACUUCCUGCUCUGAUUGGCCUGGCUGGGCAGGCCCCGCCUCCUACGGUGCGUGCCCACCUACACCGGCUUUCUUUGGCCUCAAACUAGCCCCGCCUCCCCGGCCCCGGGCUCACGUGGUGCGCUGUUUCUGGGCCCUCGAGAAUUCCCAUUGGUCGAGUCACUGGCUACGCUUGACGUAACUCGUUUCUUAAACUCCUGCUGUCCACUGCGGACUCUCCUUUGCGGCACAACCCGGCAGCGCCAGCCCAACCGCUUCCCUAUUGGCCGUACCGCUGUUCACGUGACUUUUCUGCACACACGCCCUCGCAACCGGCCCCGAGAGCUUGCGUCCUGGUUGGUAGCCAAGCAACCCACGUGAGUUGACCGCCGACACCCGCCGUAGGGACGCGGGUAGCGGAUACCACCGGCUCGAAGCUCCGGUGACCCGCUCGGCGCCAUGGCAUCCCAGGGUCGUCGGCGGAGGCCGCCGCGGAGGCCGGAGACGGUGGUGCCGGGGGAGGCGGCCGAGACGGACUCGGAGCUCUCGGCGUCCUCGUCGGAGGAGGAGCUGUACCUGGGCCCCUCCGGCCCGACGCGCGGCCGCCCCACAGGACUGCGGGUGGUCGGGGAGGCCGCGGAGACCGACUCGGACCCGGAGCCGGAGCCGACGGCCAAGCUGGGGGCCCUGCCCCCGCUUGUGGUGCAGCGGGAGCCGGCGGGGGAAACCUGGGGCACGGAGGAGGCACCGGCGCCCACCCCUGCGCGCUCGCUGCUGCAGCUCCGGCUAGCCGAGAGCCAGGCGCGGCUAGACCACGACGUGGUGGCCGCCGUGAGCGGCGUGUAUCGCCGAGCGGGCCGCGACGUGGCCGCCCUGGCUGCUCGGCUGGCGGCUGCCCAGACGGCGGGACUGGCGGCUGCCCACAGCGUGCGCCUGGCGCGGGGCGACCUCUGCGCGCUAGCCGAGCGCCUCGACAUCGUGGCCGGCUGCCGCCUGCUGCCCGACAUCCGCGGCGUGCCGGGAACCGAACCUGAGCAGGAUCCGGGGCCGCGGGCCUAGCCUUGACCCUCCUCCCCCACCGGACUCUGCCCCACGGGGGUAGCCUCUGCUGCUUCUGGAACCUGAUUCCGCCCCCGUGUAGCACCCCUCCCUUACUCCAUCUUGCUGUCACCCUCAAGGCUAACUCUGACCCCUGGAUAAUGCUCUGUGGCUGGCGUAUGGUUCAUUCCUUGCUGUGUAGCCAGCCCCUGCGUGCCAAGUCUGGCCCCUCCCCCUGGUCCCGGCUUGGCGCAAAUGCCUGGCCCUGCCCCCUGGCUCGGAGCCUAUCUCUGGGGCGCUUGGUAACCAGCCGCUCCCUGAUCUAUUUGCGCUGCAGGGUACGCCGCGCCACGCCUUGCUCCCUGCCUACCUGCGUUUGGUUUCUGUUCCCAGGGGCCCAUCAUGGUUCUUCCCGCAGGAGGCCCAGGAUCUGGUGCAGACUUCCCGGCAUUUUCCAUCACUCCCUGGGCUACAACUCUGGUUCUGGCUUUAUUUCCAGGUUUUUUUCCUCCUAGGCCGGGUCUUUCUUCUGCUCUCCAGGCUUGUCUAUUCCCCCCGCCCCCAUCCCCAUCUCCUAGUUCCAGUUGUAGCUUCUCCUGGCUUAUCCUCCUUUGACUUAGCUCCACCACCUCAGCAUGAUCUUGUUUUCCUGGGUCCAGCCAUUCCCCUGGGAUUGGCUUUGCCCAGCUUGUUUAUUCUGUCUACUUAAUCAUGGGCCCUGACGAUUUCCUGUGGUCUCCUUCAUUAGGCCAAGGGAGGGGCCGUCUCCUGACUCGAGGCCCAAGAUGGUGCCCCUCUCUAUUCUCCAAGCCAAGGUGAUGCUCCUUCUCAAUUCUCUAGGCCAAAAUGGUGCCCCUCUGACUCUCUGGGCUGAAAGUAGCACCCUGCAGGCACUUAGGGCCUAGUACAGCUGGGCCUUGAUGCUUUCAGCACAGCAUGACCCCAUUUUGCAAAUAAGGACCACCCUCAUGGUGUCAGCUGUGGAGAUCCCGGAUGUUAAAAGGACUUGGCUCCCUCUCCUCGUCCCAACUCUAGCCCUUCAGCUCCUUUCACAUUCCCUCUCCCCAGCCUUAGACUCCCCAUCUUUUAUCCUAACCUGACACCAAGAUCCGAGCCCCCAUGUUGGAGAAACAGGAAAGAAACAUUAAAACUCAAAAACAUUUACUGAUGUGGUCGGU